CCGCACGUCGCGGCGUGUCCGCGCGAUCAAGGUCUCCAAAGUCAUGUCGCCGCACAUUGUCAUGACAUUGAUCUUGCAAGUCACUCGGCCUACGAACGCGCAAGAAGCGUAGCCACAACGCCGGGGCUCGAGUCGGCGACAAGUCUCACAUGCGGGUAAUUCACAGCCCCGCAAAAGAAUGGAAACACUCUGCACGCUUCCGCGGCAAAAGGGCACGGCACCCAACCCCCGCAGCCGGAGAGGACGUAUCAUAUCUCGUCUGUUCGAACUCGAGGCAAGGACGUGCAACAGGGCAGAAGCAUGACGACAACAAUGGUGGUAGUCGUGCUGGCCAUGGCAGUGGUGGCGGCGGUAGCGGCGAGCGAGACAGCGGUGGCGGAGAGCGAGACGACGGGACAUGCCGUGUGCAGCUGGAUGGACAUGGACAUCAAGACAGAGUACCUGGCCAGCUCGCUGUGGUGCUGCCAGAUCCCGCGGCCGGCGACACUGCAGACGACGAUGGAUGUGUUUCCGCACGGGGAGAGCGUCGCCGUGGCGUAUCUGACCUACGCGCAGGCAUUCGCAUGCCAGGAGGAGAACCCGGUGGACAUCCCGGACGUGGAGUUGGUCUACAACUCGACGGUCAUGGAGAGUGGCCAUCACUACGUGUACGAGACCGGGAUCACCGGCAUCAACUCGCCGUGGUCUGCCCUCCUCGGAUUCCAUUGCAUGGACAAGGCCGGCUGCCAGUUUAUCGUCCCGAACAUCACCGUCGCCAUUGCCUACUGACGGCACACCACGCGCAGCUGUAGCCAUCCUCCCAACCCGCUCCUGGUUGUCGACUGGCCAUGCGAUGUCUGUAAAAACGAGCGAGAGAUUGUG